AUGGACUGUGAGAGAAGUGAUGGAGGUGAAGGUGGAGAAGCAGAGGUGGAGGAUGAGUUUGCGUGUGCCGGGAUGCUUCGUGGAUCUCUGGCCUCGCUGCACGGCACCGUGGAGCGGAUCUUCAGGGUGACGUUUGGGAUCGGAGAUGACGAUUUAUCAAUGGACAACAACGGGCAGAUAUGGCUGAAACUACGAGGGAGGAGCAACGACGUGAAAUCGGCAAAAUUAUUUGUGAAAGGGCUGGUGAACCAGGAGGAGCAGCAGGAGCUCUCGUACCCCGGAGCGCUGCACUGCAUCUUCAGUGGAGCCAGAGGGCUGUUCAUGGACUGCCUGACCAAAAGCACCUCCGCACAUAUAGUGGUUGGCUCUACCGGAUUCCUGCUUAUCUCCGGUCUUGCGGAGCCGGUUGUUCGAGCCUACUCCCUCAUUACAGACAUGGUGGAGCGGUACGAAGGCACACAGUCCAGACGCUCAGAGACUACAGACAGAGGCAUGGGCGAGACUCUGGAUUCACGGCGGGCUUUCAAAAGCCUGGUGGAGAAUUGGGAGGACAAACACAUCCUGGAUCUUCUGGUUCUCCCGGUGUUAGUGAAGGAAAUCCUGCUGGAGUUGGUAAUAGAAUCGGGGCUUGGAUCAAACCCUAGUCCAGAUCUUACAGAUGGAAACGCUGGGGCUAGACCACUCGAGGAUUCGGGGAUUCGGGAACCUUCAUCCGUUGCGUACACAUUCCCAGAGUCUCCUGAUCGUUGGGUUGAAGGGAUGACUUCAGCUUCUGGUAAAGACUCUGCCGCUUCCUCAUUCCAGUUGUUGUCUUCAGGGUCCCGAGGAUUGGCAGAGGGUGCUGACGAAAGACUUCUGCUUUCUCCACAAGAGGUUGUAGGACAAAGCGAAGCAGCAUCAAUAAGUACAGAGGUGAAAGACGUACGAGGGGUGGAUGAAGAACAGGAAGUGCUGUUGUCAGUGGGAAACAAAGAGUUCUUGCUUCUUUUAAAGUUCUUCACAGCCAUGGGGUACACAGAGGAGAUUGUUAAGAGAGUCCUUGCCCGAACGGGACCUAAAGAGGCGUCGCAGAUACUGGACGUUGUUCAACAGGAGCAGGAACGCAGUGACCAUGAGGAAGGGAAGAAAACUCAAGACGGCGAUGAAUCGAACCGAAGCGAGAGGAACCGACCUUGCGAGACAGAGCACAGAGAAGAAGAAGACAUGGAAAUAUCAGGAGGAGAUGUGUUGAUGAGUAGUAAUGGUGAGGUUGGGGUAGUUUCUGAAGGGGAGGAAGCUGGCGCAACGGGAAGAGAUCGACCCAAGGAGAAAGAGAAAGGGCACGAGGAAGACUUUGUUCUGGGGGUGGUGAAGAAAGCGGCAGCCAGCUGUGGGUACAUGGAGCAGAAAGUGACCAAACUCUACAACAUGUUGCCGGAUGGAUUCACUCACAAGCUGCUCCUGGAGCUGCAGAGAGAGGAGAGCAAAGAGUUGGUUGCCAAAGUACCAAGAGAGAUGGACGAUGUGGUGAUAGAGAAAGAAGGACCAAAAGUGCCACCAUCUGAGGACAAAGCAAAGGAAAUGGAGCUUGUUAUGCCUGCAGUUAAAAGAAAAUCUGAUGAUAAAAGAUGGGGAGAAGUGCCGAAAUCACCUGAAGCCGAGUUCAUAUUCUAUAAACACACAAACUCGCCAUAUCAAGUCUGCCUUCCUGAAGUCAAAGGGCCACCCAUGUCCACAUAUCCUCCAUCUUUUGAUCCUCCACCCACCUUUAACCAAUCCAACAUACAACAUGGUCGAAACAACUUAUGGCAGAAUCCAUCAACGUCGAGACAAAAGCAUCCAACCCAAGAACCUGUCCUCAACUCAAAGCCCCAUUACUUCAAACCCUUAAAAAAAGCUUUCCAAGCUCCUCAACACCCCAUCUUCACAAUCCAUGAUUUGCCUCCCAUGAAAGCGAGGGAAAAGCAAGGCUUCAUGGCCGUUUCCUCAGUCGUGGUGACGGGGGAGCAGCGUUUCCUGGAAGGCCUUCAGAUGCCCUUCGAUCUGAAGCUCAAAGACCAACCUGGGGACCCAAACGUGAGGACGAUCAUCAUCGACGGGAGCAAUGUGGCGAUGAGUCACGGGUUGGGUCACUUCUUCUCCUGUCGAGGGAUCGCUCUGGCCGUCCAGCACUUUUGGGAUCGAGGCCAUCGUCACAUCAGCGCCCUGCUGCCUCAGUGGAGACAGAAGAGCGACCCUAAAAUCAAAGAGCAGCACUAUCUGACCGAGCUGCAGAACCUCGGCCUGGUCUCCUACACCCCGUCCAGAGAGGUGCAGGGCAAGAGAAUCAGCUCCUACGACGACAGAUUGAUACUGCAGCUCGCGCAAAAAACAGACGGAGUGAUCGUCACUAACGACAACCUGAGAGACCUUUCAGACGAGUCCCAGGUGUGGAGGGAAAUCAUCAAAAAGAGACUUCUUCAGUACACGUUUGUGGGGGAUCACUUCAUGGUGCCGGACGACCCUCUGGGCAGAGGAGGGCCUCACCUGGACAUCUUCCUACGCUCAGAUCACAGGACCCCAGACCCAGGAAACCACUCUUUUGCCGGUGUCGCCACAGCUUUCCCUUCUUCCAAAGAGCCGCGCUCCCAAACCGAGCUCCUGAACUUCCGCGACCGAACUCCAGGUGGAGGGAGCCGGGGAAAAGCCAGAGGACAUGGAAAGGGAUUGGACUCGGGACACCAGGGGAGACAUUUUGGGGCUUCAGAAAGGACCCCGGAGGAAACAGCCAGUUUGAAAGAGCAGCUGUGUCAGGUUUUCCCCGGUCACGACAACAUGGUGGCGCUGGUUCUGCAGAGUCACCCUUCAGAGACGGACAUGAACGCACUGUCUGUUCUGAUGUUGGAGCACUAGAAGGACUCUUUUAGUCUUAAAAGUUAUCGUAGUUUAAUUUCCGACUGUUUUUACGCUGAAGUGUGGCUUGUUUCAGUGAUGUGAUUGUGAUUGUGUUUCUUACCAAAGCAACCACAACAAAUCCCACGAGUCAUAUGUCUGCUUUAGCAAGGAUUUCACAGAAAGUCAGCUUGUGAAACUUUCUGUUGACUCGCAUAGAAAUUAACUAAGAUGUUCUGCUUUUUAAUACAGAAUCUUAAUCUGAUGUAUUCCCUACUCCAUUUACCAAAGUCUUGAGAGGCAAGUGAGAUGGCAGAUAAAAGAAAUAGACAAUUUAUGACUCAGGGACAAUGUUUUUUAACAGGUGAAAUAGCUUUUGUCAGAACCAUUUUGUCUGAUUAAGCAGUUUUAUAAAUAAGACUAAAGGCAUCUUAUCUUUGAUUAAUAAUCCCCGCAUCUACCUCACUUCUAUCCUAUCUUCCUACACAAUUAGAAAAAGAUUUGUCUGUUGCUGUUGAGCCUUACGUACAUAUGGUUUCCCCAAAAAACGUCCCAUGGUGGUCGGGUAGGGAUUUAUCCUUUUGAAACAAGCAAAACUAAUGACAUUCCUAGCAGCUUCUGAUGUAUUGUGUGUUUAAUUCACAAAUGCUAACGGGUUAAACUAACAAAUGAACAUGGUGCUGCUGUCAAACAUCAGCAUGUUAGCAUGCUAAUGAGAGCAUUUAGCUUAGCCUACAGCAGGGGUGCCCAAUGCGUCGAAGGUAGUGUGAGUAUAUCGCAUGGCAUUGAAAAAAAUAAAUGACAACAAUUAAAUUGAAAGAAAAGUUAGCCUAUCAUCCAUCAUUAUUAUGGCAUUUGCCACUUGAUUGCCGUACAGGUAAGCCAGUCUGAAAUCGCAUAUUUUCUAACACGCAGUUCACCACGUAUGUGCGGUCAACCGCGCCAGCUGCAAAUCACCGGCGAGCUGAUUACCUAGUUAGCCGUCCAAUUUAUCCAUUUAUUCUAAAGAAAGGGUAUAAGGGGGGCCUCACCUCCUCAUCUGAAGCGCAAAUGCGGCACAAUAAGUGUAAGCGCGCCACAGGUUCGAGGUUCCGGUGCUCGCAGACCACUAGCACUCAGGCCUCACCACAUGACUUUGGGCAGGGGCGGCCCUGUAGGUAGAUCACUUUGACUUGGUCAUUUUAAAAGUAGCUCCCAAGCUGAAAAAGUGUGGGCACCCCUGGCCUACAGCUUCAUAGAGCCACUCAAGUCUUAAAACACAUCCAAUGCUCUUUAAAACAUCCGCCUAUCAACACCUUUAUGAGGGUUUUUCAUCCAGCAGCAAUAUUAAGCUUUCAGUCAUUUUAUUUUGUGUUAUUGUUCAAAAACCAGCACUUCCUGUUUGCCCUUUGAGCAAAUGGAGUUGGAGUGAUUUUUUAAAAAGAGGACUUUUAUCUUUUCUAUCUUUUAAUCUAACUUUAGCAAUCGGUUGUUGUUUUUUAUUUUACUUGCUAAACGUCAUCUUUUAAAGCUACAUAGCAGUCAAUAAUUAAUCAGAACUCUUUCAAGGGGGUUAUUGUUGUUUUUCACCGUGUUAGAUGUUAUUUUCCAAUGCUAAAAUAAUACAAAAUCAUCCUUACAAUAUUGUGUACACUCGAUUUUAUAUAUUUUUAAUUUAUUUUAAACAGGUUUAAUGCUGUUUUGAUCGUAGCUCUGAUCGUACCGAGUGUCUGUGCUUCAGGAGGGGAAACAAAAUGAGUUCAUUUUUCAUCCAAUUCUUCAUAUGACUGAAGAUCAGAUCUUUAAUCAAACCAUUCGAAUGCAAGUCGUUAAGUUCAUCAACUGUAAGAUAAAAUGGUCUUAUUGGUUUGUUUUAUAUUUGUAUAUUUUAAGAACUUAAUGCUGACGUCUGCCUAUAUUUCUGUAUUAAAGUUUUCUUAAUUCAAAGUAUAAAA